AUGAAGGUCACUGAUGAUUCCCUAGUUCUCAAAUACAGAACGGAUCAAGCAACAGAUUUGAAAAAAUUUGAACGGUUGAAUCGAUCGAUGAUGUUAAAAAUGCAGAAUCGAAAGGAGCCAAACGAAAGUGAAGCCGCCACCUCAUCCAGAACAGCAGUGCAACAACUGACGCAGGCGUUGGAACAAAUCACCGAAGUAAUCCCCGAUUUGAAGGUCGGAGCGUCUUCAUCCGGAACAUCAAACCCCCAACCAUCCUCGAAAAAGAAAGGAAAGAAAGGGCGAUGA